GACAAAAUGAAAAACAUCACUUUAGCAUUUCCCAAUACAGGUCUCCUUCCCUUCAAGAUACCACCAUGAGCUCCAGCCACACCCAGAAGAACCGAGGGGACUCCACUCCGCUGCCUCCAAUCAACGAGCGCCUGGCUUUCCUGCGGCCGUCCAGAGAGCUGUUAGAGUAUUACCGCAAGAAGAUCGCUGAGUUUGAUGAGGAACACGAGGAUCUGGUAAAGCAACUGGAGCAAUACAAAGCUACCUUUGAGGAGCAGAAGCUGUGCCCCCCCACUAUGGAAAGCAGAGGAACCUCAAGCUGCAGAAUCCAUCACUUCACAGUGGAACAAGGAAAGGGAGGGGUUGGGCCAUAUUGUGAGCCUAAGGGGGGGGUAAAGUCCCUGUGAGCAGAAACAGAAUAUCAUGGUUUCCUUUCAGUCUGUGGAAUCAGGUAUGGCAGUUUAGAUGUUUU